CCGGGAGGCGGAACUUCCCCCUGUUUUCCGCCGGAGAGAAGUUUAGGUGAGAGGACAGAAGGGCUUGGUCGGUGUGGAGGGUAGGACCGGGCAGCGUCGGACCCUGUACCCUGGGACGCGAUCAAACGGAGAGGACGUGCGAAAAGCUCACCGGCGAUGUUAACCUGAGACUCACACUGUGACGCUAGGUUUUUUUUUUUAAUUUAAUUUUAAUUUUUUUUUUGAAAAUGUCAGAUGUGACCAAGACCAUCCAAAAAUGGCAUGCGAGUUUUAAAAAAGGCACGGACUUUGAUUCAUGGGGACAGUUAGUGGAAGCGAUUGAUGAGUACCAAAUACUUGCGAGGCAGUUGCAGAAAGAAGUGCAGUCGGCCAAUUCUUCAGAAUUUACAGAAGACCAAAAGAAAACGCUGGGGAAAUGUGCCACGUGCCUGGAAAUGAGGAGUGCUGCUUUGCAGUGCACACAAUCCAGUGAGGAGUUCAAGCUGGAAGACCUGAAAAAACUGGAACCCAUUAUUAAGAAUAUCCUCACAUAUAACAAAGGUUUUCCAUUCGAUGUACAACCGGUGCCUUUAAGGAAAAUCCUCGCCCCUGGUGAGGAGGAGAACUUGGAGCUGGAGGAUGAGGAGGAGGAAGGUGUGACCGCCGGGGUGGGAUCCCCCGAGUCCUUUCCCUCCGGAGUGCCAGCCCUGCAAGGGUCCCUGCUGCCACGGUUACCAUCAGAGCCGGGAAUGACGCUACUCACGAUUAAGAUUGAGAAGAUUGGCCUGAAAGAUGCUGGACAGUGCAUCGAUCCCUACAUUACAGUUAGUGUCAAAGACCUGAAUGGCGUGGAUUUAAAUCCAGUGCAGGACACCCCAGUGGCCACCAGAAAGGAAGACACCUACAUACACUUCAGCAUGGACGUGGAGAUCCAGAAGCACCUGGAGGAACUAUCCAAAGGGGCAGCUAUAUUCUUUGAAUUUAAGCACUACAAACCCAAGAAAAAAUUCACCAGCACAAAAUGUUUUGCUUUCAUGGAAAUGGAUGAAAUCAAACCUGGUCCAAUUGUAAUUGAACUGUACAAGAAGCCGACCGACUUCAAGAGGAAGAAGCUCCACCUUCUGACAAAGAAGCCGCUGUUUCUCCACCUGCACCAGACUUUGCACAAAGACUGAGUAGCUCCUAGGAGUGCAGGAUGAUCCAUCGGGCCGCUUCAGGUGGACUCUGGUCCGGCGAGCGGGAAGACCCCCACAAACUCGGCAAUACUCACAGGCCGGCCAGACUUCGUCCCUCUUUACUCUGUCCCGUCAAAACCAUGUGACUUGGUGACUUCCUGGCCGUGCGAUGCCUACCUGAUGGCAGUAGGCUGGCAGUCCUACGGAUGCAGGGUACAUUACUUACUUCUCCAUACUGUUUUUUUUUUUUUUUAAUUAUUAAUUUAACAAGUGACGUCUGUCUGGCCGCCAGCGGACGGAACAUUCCGGCUAUGAGACUCACCCCCCAUCGCCAUACUAGUGGUACGGCGCUGUGGAUUUUCUCCUUUCCCGACUGUCCCCCCAAGGAGCUGAAGGGGCAGUUCACUAAACAGCUGACUAACAGGGUUUAUCUCUCACACUGGAUGAUCGAGGGACACACUGCGAUUGCUUGGGUUUUGCUGGCUGAACAUCACCAACCAGGCCCAGGUGUGGUGGAGGGCAGCCCCUUCCGCACUGGCCUGCCAUCUGAUCAUCCUGGUGAAAGGGCUUCUUACCAUGAUGCUGCGUGAUCCUUAUGGAUUUAUUCCCCCCCCCCCCCUAUUCUUUUUGCCCCCCAUCAAUUAUGCCUUUUGUUUUCUAAUGUUGCAGAUGGUUAUUUUUUUUAACAUCAGGAAAUGAAGACUAGCGCAGGAUGUACUCAAGAUCUCUUAAAGCACGCAGGUGCACCGCGCGACGUCUCCAUGCUUGUCCACACCGCAAUGUGCGUUUACGAUAAACUGCAUAUUCACGUUGCUUCGAGUUCUAAUAAAGAGAAGUGCUGCUUGAGAAAA